AUGGGCCGAAUGAUUGGUAAAUACGAACUAGGCGAGACGCUGGGCCGAGGUAACUUCUCAAAGGUAAAGGUUGGGUAUGAUAGAGAGGAUGGGAGCAAAUGGGCGAUAAAGAUAAUUGACAGGAAAUUGUUGGAGCAAGAGAAGACGAUGCGACACAUCAAGCGUGAAGUCGCCGUAAUGAGAAGACUGAAUAACCAUAAGAAUAUUGUACAGUUACGAGAAGUUAUGCAAACGCCGAACAAUAUAUACUUAGUGUUAGAGCUUGUCACUGGCGGUGAACUCUUCAAUGAAAUUGUCAAAUCGAAACGUCUUGAUGAACCUACAGCUAGACGUUACUUCCAUCAGCUGAUCGCCGGACUUUAUUACUGCCACAAGAAGGGAUUCGCCCAUCGUGAUCUUAAGCCAGAGAAUCUAUUGCUUGAUGAAAAUCGAACGCUAAAAAUCACAGAUUUUGGACUUAGCAACCUAAUGCCGUCCAUAAACGGAAACUACGCGCUGAUGCACACCAUGUGUGGCACACCUACCUACGUGGCACCAGAGGUCCUUCGGGACGGCGGCUACAAUGGCCACAUCGCUGAUAUAUGGAGCUGUGGUGUGGUGCUGUACGUGAUGAUUGCGGGAUAUCUCCCAUUUGAUGCUGAGACUAUGAAUGGGCUGUUCUUAAAGAUUGAACGCGGUGAUUAUCGUAGACUGCGCACGGGGUCGAAUGAGGUGAGAGACUUGAUAGCUCAGAUGUUAACAGUGGAUCCACAAAAGCGUAUCACUCUCGGGAAGAUUAUGGCUCACACGUGGUUUCAGAUUGAUUGGGAUGCCUCCAUGCUGAAAGGGGCGACAGAUUCUUUAAACAGUACCGUUAGCAACAGGGCAAGUGAAGGCACAGUUAUUUCCAAUAAUAGCGUCAACUCAGUUAUUCAGAAUGAAGUUGAUGCAUAUGAGCCGAUGCCUGUUGGUGACCCGAGUGCACUGAAGGACUCUAUAACGGGGGAUUAUACAACAUCUCUGUGGGAUUUUUGGCCCGUCGGUGCCAAUGCCGACCAAGGUAUCGUCUUUGGGCCAAAUGCGCCAAUGAAGCAUUCAGCAUCACACUUUUUUUUUCGGGGAACCAUCUUUGAUGUGCAGCAAGCGUUGGAGCAGCUUGGUUCCCACCCUGUGAUGAAGGAUCCCGCGACACUGGAAGGACAAAUCGAGUCAAAGAGUUGUCUCCUUUCCUACAAGGUCAUCGUUAGCAAGACGAAGAAACCGGGUGUUAUGUCCGCAGACAUUUCUAAACAUUGCGACAAUGAUGAGUACCGUAGUUCCUUUUACGACGGUCUGUGCAGGGUCAUGGGAGACAAGAUGAGUGCUGAGAGUGACAAGACGGACAGAGCAUCUAGCACUUCUUCUUUGAAUACCAUGUACAGCUACUGA